AUGUCCAAACCCACAAGUCUAACAGCACCAAAGCUCCUCGCCCUUCUUCUCUUCCUCCCCCUCAAACACCUCCAAAUAGCCCCAACAAUGAAGACCCGCAGCAGCCCGUUACAAUGGAGCAACUGCAACAGCUUUUCAUGGAUAUUCUUCGUCAAGCCAAGCAGCCAUCAGAGUCUUCGGAGCCAAUUGGAGAUGUCAAAUCAGAGAAAUGAAAGGAUAAAGGAGGCAACGAGGUGGGACAAGGACAACUCGAAGUAUAAGAUUGUGGAAUCCGUGGGAGAGGACAAGGUCCUUGAUGAUCUUGACCAACCUUUGUCAAAUAUUAAGUCUGAAGUGUUGCUUGAAGUUCUGCGAGAAAUUGUGAGAGAUGUUAGGGCUAUCAGCUUGCGCGAGGAUAAAUCUUCGAUUGAGCGCAACUUCCUGUACAAUUUCCUUCCUGACCUAGAGAAGAAAGGAAAGAACCACGGAGACCCGCGUUCGAAGCAUGUGGAUCUGCUCAUCGGGUAUAUCAAGGAAACCUAUGCCUCCACAACCCAGAGCCUUUUGCCACUUCUGAAGAGGGGAGAGAUCACCUACGACCUGCUUUGGACCAUCUUCAAACCAGGUAUCUUCGUAUACAGUACCUGCCCAGGGACAGGCAAGCCUCGAUGUGUUAUAUUUGAUGCCGGAGAAGAGAAAAUGAAAAUGAACGGGAUCAAAUACUUCAGCUUAGAUUGUCGCUAUCUGGACUUUGACGGUGAGGUAUUCGGUGAAGCCGGUACCCAGCUGGAGGUGGUCCGGUUCCAUGGACCCAGGCCCAUUCACGAUCUCGAGGCGUUCCCCCUUUGA